GUGAUUACGCGUCUCAAGAGUUGCGCCAAUUUUUCAUUAUCUGCUUCGAUUAUUCCUUUUAAGGUUUGGCAGUUUUCUUGCGCUUUAUUUUGUAGUUUGCCUAGGAAGAGUGCAUGAUCGAUGUAAUUUUGUAAAUCAUGGAAUCUUUUAUUUAAGGCUCCCAUAUCAAUGUUUAUUACUAACUUCCAGCUAGAUUCUACUUGAUGUAGAUCGCCGAUUUUUUCAAAAUAUAUUCCUGGCUCUUGCUUAAAUUGUUCUAUUUUAUUUUCGGCUUCUAGGCUUGAUUUUGCUGCUAUAUCUUGGGCCUUUCAUGUCAUUAGCGCUCAGAAAAAAUAGAUGCUUGUUUGUUACGCUUUUUCUUCUUUUAAUGUUCUAUGAAAGCUUUUAAGCGAUUUAUAUGUGUGCAUAUUAUUUUUCUCCCUACUUUGAUUUUAUAAUUAACAUCGGAAAUUUUAUCAGUAAUUAUGUAUGGUCCAGUCCAUAGAGAGUCGAGUUUCUUUGAACGUCCUCUCCGAACGGUUUCAUCAUAUAGCAAUACUUUGUCUCCUACCUUGAAGGUGGUUUGUUUUGCCUUUUUGUCGUAUUUUUCUUUUAUUUUAAUUUUUUCCUUUUUUAUGUGCUCUUUAGCGAUUUGAUUUGUCGCUCGUAUUCUUUCCUUUAAUUCCUGGGCGUAGUUAUCGUAAGUAUACGUAGGUUUCGGCGGCGUUGUUAGCGCUGUUGGUAAGAUUGCUUGAUGUCCGUAUACUAGCCCGAAAGGAGUAAAUCCUGUUGCCGUAUGAGGGGUAGUGUUGUACGUGAACAUGGCAUAAGGUAUCCACUCGUCCCAGUCUGUCUGGUUGGCAUUUAUAUAAUGUCGUAAGUACUCAGCUAGUGUACGAUGUGAGCGUUCUAGCGCACCAUUACUUUCUGGGGUGCGUUCAGAUUCCCCACCCGGCUGCCCCGAACUACCCAAGCGCCGUUCAGAUUCCUCCUAUUUUCACUUAGAUGGCGUCCGAAUGUAUCGUUCAGAUUCCCCGCCAACAUACCCGGGUGAGGGAAAAAUCACUCUGCUUUUGACACAAGGUGCCGGCGGGUAGAUUUUGACGCCAAGAGAAGUGCGCGGAUUUCAGUAAUUGAAGUGAGGAAAGGUGUUCAAUUUAAUAAUGAAUCUCAAGCUUGUGGUCACGGAGAAUGGUUCUCCAGUUAUUGAGAACAACAAGUUGGUCGUAUGGGACCUUGAUAGUAAGUUAUUUAUUUCUCAUUAAUAUGAUUUUAUUAACGCUCUGAACAUGAUAGGAGGUUAUGGUGAAUAAUUUCUUUGUAUGAAAUUCUUCUUCGUCAAUCUUCAAAUGAUUUAUUUUUCUUUUAACAGAUAAUUGUCCAUUGCACCUUGAUAUAACAUCUGAAAAUCUAGCGUCUUUCAAUCUAUGUGUAAAUUCUUCAGGCAAGUUCUUUGCUUUACUAACCUCUGUUUUUUUAAAUAUUGUAUGUGAGAUUAAUUUACUCGAUGAAUCUUUAAAGAUAAAUAAUAUAUUUAUUGGUGAACAGAUGAGACUCCAGUGUCAGAAACAGAACUGUUGUCUAAUGAACAGCCUUCUGUAAAUUCUGAACAUAAAAACAUAUAAAGUCGACAGCUUACGAACAUCUCUGGCAAGAAAGGUGCAGCAUCAUGGAAAGAUGAUUAUGCAAUUAAAACUCUCAUUGACGAAUGAAGAGAACAUGAGAGCUAUUUCAAGAGCACUACCAUUACUAAUAAGAAAGUCUGGGAAAUGAUAGCCAGUAAAUUAAAAAAAGAGAAACCACUCUGGGAUUACACUGGUCAGCAAUGUAAAGACAAAUUUAAAGAUCUUAGGAAACACUAUGUAAAAGCUAGAGACCAGAAUGAGAAGGGCAGUGGCCUUCCAGUUGUCACAUGCAAGUUUUAUAAAGAAAUGGAUAAUGCUUUUGGUGACAAACCAGCUGUGAAACCUGUGUCCAUAGCUUCAACACUAAAGAAGCAUAAACUUGAUACUCAGGACUUUUCAAGUGCAUCUUCUGUACUCGUAGACAGCUGCAGUGAAGGCGACAGUGAGCAUGGCUGUGAUUCUACUCUUAAGUACAAAAAGAAAAAGAAAAGUGUUACUGAAAGAAAUAUCGAAAGACUACUUGCCAUAAGAGCAGAGGAAUGUAAAAAAAAAGAAGAGGCUCAACAGAAGAGGCACACUGAGCGUAUGGAGAGACAGGAUCGCGCCAUUGAGGUUUAUCAAAGUGCAAUGAAUCGACUCCUGGAGAAAUUAUAGAAUUGUAAGUGGUGUAUAGUUUUUCUUUCUGUUUUGACAAUGUACACUACUUUCUUUAAUUUUUUCUCUUGUUUUCUUUUGUUGUAGAAUUCCAUAUUAUUAGAACAAUUGACACUUCCGUUGGCUACCAGAGAUACCAAGGAGGUCUGUGACCAAAGAUUAAGUUUACAAUGUGUGAUAUCGUUAUUUGAUGCAGUUCUCAAGCUAGUUUGACAUAAUGCAUUUCUGUUGAUAGUGCGUAUAUUUUUUGUUUUGCUUCUCAAUUGUAUGAUUUACCUUUAGUAGUAUUCUUAUUGUUAUGUAGUAGUAUGCUUUGUUUUUGUCUAAUUAACAGUAUUAAUCUUUAAUAGUUUAAGUAUUUCAGUCUUUUAAGUUAUAAAAAAUCCAACUCUCACAUAA